AUGGAGGCCUUCAACAUGAACAACUACACCGAACAAGAACAAUCUGAAGAGUCACUCAAAGCUACCAUACUGUCCCAUGCAUCCGCAGUCUACGGCCCACAAGAACGUAAGGGCCAUAAGUUCGACGUCAUUACUGGGACAAGGGUCACCAACGACAUGGUUACAGUGUAUACAGCUUGCUUCAUCGUCUACCCGUACAUCGGACGCUCGGAUUGGGACCCUCUCCUACAGUCACAAGAGGGAGCUACUGUGGCGAUGGUCUAUGGAGCGCUCAUCUCUAAAUUACGUAACAGGGUCACCGAUAUCAUGGGUCAGUGA